GCAGUGGCAGUUCUCCAGGGACCAGCGAGCGGCCUUUUCCCCGCCUCCCUUUCCUUCCCCUCCCCUUGAGAGAUUCAAGCCGUGUGCUUCCCACUUCCGCCCCCUCUGCCUGCCAUUGGAACUAGUGAAGCCGAGCAAGUUGCAGACCCAGAACAGCCGCUGCUGUCCUCCUCCACCUCCUCGUCGUCUUCUCCUUUCUCCUCUUCCCUGGCUAACGCUUCAGCCGCCGCCCCGAGUCCUCGCCACCGCCCGAGCCCUCAGCCCACGCUGCUGCCGACAUGAGCUUCUUGUUUGGUAGUCGCUCCUCUAAAACAUUUAAACCAAAGAAGAACAUACCGGAGGGUUCUCACCAAUACGAGCUCUUAAAGCAUGCAGAAGCCACACUCGGCAGUGGCAAUCUCCGCAUGGCUGUGAUGCUUCCUGAGGGAGAAGAUCUAAAUGAGUGGGUUGCAGUGAACACCGUGGAUUUUUUCAAUCAGAUCAACAUGCUUUAUGGAACAAUCACAGAUUUCUGUACAGAGGAAAGUUGUCCAGUGAUGUCAGCCGGCCCAAAAUAUGAGUAUCAUUGGGCAGAUGGAACAAACAUAAAGAAGCCGAUCAAGUGCUCGGCGCCCAAGUAUAUUGAUUACUUGAUGACUUGGGUUCAGGACCAGUUGGAUGAUGAAACACUAUUUCCUUCAAAAAUAGGGGUCCCAUUCCCGAAGAACUUCAUGUCUGUGGCAAAAACUAUACUCAAACGCCUCUUUAGGGUGUAUGCGCACAUUUAUCAUCAGCAUUUCGACCCUGUGAUCCAGCUUCAGGAGGAAGCGCAUCUGAAUACAUCUUUCAAGCACUUUAUCUUUUUUGUUCAGGAAUUCAACCUCGUUGAUAGAAGAGAACUUGCACCACUCCAAGAACUGAUUGAAAAACUCACCUCAAAGGACAGAUAAAGGAUGCAGAACUGUUCCUUAAAUGAAGUUGUGUGGAGUGUAUUGGAUUUCAUUGUAUUUUAUUUUUAUCUCAGUGGUUUUGUCUUAGGUUUGGGGGGCCUUGGGGGUUCUUUUUCCUUCAUUCUGAAUAAAUAAAAUUAUAUUCUAUUGCUAGAGAAA